AUGCUGCCCCUGGUGCUGCUAUCCCUCCUGUGGGGAGGGUCCCUGCAGGAUAAAGAGUACAAGCUGCAGGUUCUGAUAUCGGUGAGGGUCCAGGAAGGCCUGUGUGUCACUGUUCCCUGCAAUUUCUCCUACCCCUGGGAAGAUUCAUUUCCAUCUGGUAAACUCUACAUCUUCUGGUUUGAGGAUGGGGCCGACAUAUACAGAGAUCCUCCGGUGGCCACAAACAAGCCAGGGAGAGCAGUGAAGACAGAGACGUGGGGGCGAUUCCGCUUCCUCGGUGAUCCCAGCACUAAUGACUGUUCCCUGAGCAUCACAGAUGCCAGGAAGAAUGAUACGGGGACCUACUUUUUGCGAGUGGAGAGAGGACUGAAAGUAAGAUACACCUACAAAGAUAAGCUGCAUUUGCGGGUGACAGACUUCAGAGAGAAACCCAACAUCUACAUCCCGGAACUUCUGGAAUCUGGCCACCCCACAAACCUAACCUGCAGCCUACCAGGAUCCUGUGAUGGGGGGAGACCACUCACCUUCUCCUGGACAGGGGAUGCCCUUAAUAGGCAGGACCCUAGCACCCUGCAGUCCUCAGUGCUCACCCUCAUACUGAGGCCCCAGGACCAUGGCACCUACCUCACCUGUCAGGUGAAACGUCAAAGAACUUGGUUGGUCACAAAGACGACCAUCCAGCUCAAUGUCUCCUAUGCUCCAGAGAACCUCACCGUCUUCUUCCAAAAUGGCACAGCCCUCAAGGUCAUAAGAAACAGCUCACCCCUUUCCAUACUGGAGGGCCAGUCUCUUCACCUCAUCUGUGUAGCUGACAGCAACCCUCCUUCAGAGUUAACCUGGUUUCAGGGAUCCCGAGCCCUGAAUGUCUCCUCCAUCUUCAACAUGGGGUACCUGGAACUGCAUCAAGUCAGAACUAGAAAUGAAGGAGUGUUCACCUGCAGAGCCAAGAACAGACUAGGCUCACAAAAUAUAUCUCUGAGCCUCUCUGUGACCUACCCCCCACGGCUGCUGUGGUCCUCCUGCUCCUGGAAGGCUAUGGGUCUGCAGUGCAGUUGUUCUGCCCAAGCCUGGCCAGCCCCGUCCCUGCACUGGUGGGUUGGGGACAGGUUGGUGGAGGAGAAAAGCAGCAAUGCCUCCUUCUCUGUCACCUCCAGCUGCACUGGGCCUUGGGCCAAUAGCUCCUUCAGCCUCCUAACGGGACUCAGCCCCAUCCUCAGACUCCGCUGUGAAGCCCGGAAUGACCAUGGGAACCAGACUGUAGCUGUUCAGAUGUUGCCAGCAACUCACUGCCCCGCUGAGCUGGGCGCGGAGGGGAAAGCCUUGAGAGCCCCUUCCACCCACUCCCAGUCCUCAGCAUCUGAGGGGCUGGAAUUGCCCCCUAAUAUUAGCGGCUGGAUGGAGGUGGAGGUAAGAAGGGACCUUUGCUGCCCCUGUUUCAGUAAGGUGGAAGAGGGCUCUGGGUCUCUGAUCCGCACCCUGGUCAGAGGGGUCCUCAUGGGGGCUGGCUUCCUCCUCACCUAUGGCCUCACCUGGCUCUACUACACCAGGUGUGAAGGCCCCCAGAGGAACAGGGCUGACUGA